UUUGGUAUUAUUGUAAACAUGAUCUUGAUUUCGUCGUUUUUGACAAUGAUUACAAAAGGCAAAACGCCGCAUCAUCAAACACACAGCGCCCUAAUCCGAUCGUGAUCAUCGUUCCCAGUUGGUGUAAGGGUUCCAUUCCAACACCUUGCUUUUCAGAUGAUUACCAACAUCAUGGGCCCGACACCUAAUUCCUGCCCUCGAUGCUGAUGCCGACUCGAAUAUACUUUGCUCUGUUCUUCCAAAAUUCCCUUUUCUUUUCUCCAACUCUUAUCUUGAUCCCCCUUUCUUUCUCUUUUCUCUCUAUCUAAUCUCCUCUCUCACCGCCGUUCUUCCUCUAUUUCUUUCUGUUCAGUUAUGGAUUUCUUUCUUGAACUUGCGCUAACUAUUAGUCUUCCUCUUCUUAUUUCAUUUGUUGUUAGUAAGUUUCUUUCAUCCAGGGGGCCUACUGAUCAAGAAUUGGCUCCGUUUGGUUUUGACUUCGGAUUUGGAUCGCGAAUUCGUAAUCUGGAGAUUGGUAAACCUAGCGUUGUCGUUGAAGAUUUUGUCGGUGAGGAUGAGAUUGUAGAAUGUGAACCGAAACAGGGGAAUUUCACCGGAGUACUUGAAUCUACAGAUGGAACUGAGAGGGAAUGUGAUGAUGAGGUGAUUGAGUCUGUGGGGAUUUUGGAAGAAAGAGUAGAGAGUAACUUUGAUAAUACUGGUGGUGAUUGCGGAGGAGAAGGUGCAGAGAAGUUAAUCGAUGAAAGUUCUGUUAGGAUGAGGUGUGAGGAAACUGGAAUCAAUCGGGAUGAGGAAGAAGACGUACGCGAGGGCAAUGAAGUUGAGGCGUUUGAGAGUGAUCGGAGCAAGGAAUCCGGUAGAGUAAGCGAGGGACGAUCGGUGGAGGAGAUUGCCGUCGAGGAUGACGAUUGGGAGGGAGUUGAAAGAACUGAACUGGAGAAACUAUUUGAAGAUGCAGUAGGGAUUGUGAAUUAUCGUGAAUUCGAAGAUCCCAAAUUUAGCGGUGAAUUGAAGAUGCGGCUGAACGGGCUUUACAAGAUUGCUAUGGAGGGGCCUUGCAGAGAACCGCCGCCAAUGGCUUUGAAGAUCUCUGCUCGAGCCAAAUGGAAUGCCUGGAAGCAGCUGGGGAACAUGACCCCUGAGAUGGCUAUGGAAAGCUAUUUACACCUUGUUGCUGAGAACAUUCCUGGUUGGACGUCCGAAAUUACUUCGGAAAGUAGUGAUCAAAAUGCUUCUCAUUCUUGCAAGUCUGAAAAACUAGCUUCAGAAACGAAACCACUUUAACGAACCGGGGAAAGAACUUCAACCGUGUUACAUCGAAUAUCAAUUGGUUUUCGUUUGUAUAUCAAUUGGUUUUCGUUUGUAUAUCAAUUGGUUUUCGUUUGUAUAUCGAUUUUCUACUGGAACUGCAACUGCAGGAAAUCUGAAUAACUAAAGCCUUGUUUCAACUGCAGGGGAUGAAAGUCAGUGAUGAGGAAGGUCUAUGGAGUCAAAAUUCAGUUUGUAAAGUCGUUCUAAGCUUUGGUUCUUUAUUGGCCAUUUAGCCAUUUUCCUAUGGUUUGCAUUUUAGAGAACCUGGCUAUAACAUUGUUUAUUUUUAUCCAUGACAAUCCGGGGUUCUUGUAAAUAGCAAUUUGAAGUUGUUUUUCCAAGGUAUGAAGCUGUAAAUUCAAAAAUAAUUCCUCUGCCUCUGUAAGUUUGGAUUGAUUUCUGAAAAUAAAUUAAAUCAUUUGAUUUUGUUUUCC